UCCGGCCGAGGGUCAUCCGUCAGAGCAGGUAACGGAAGAUGGUGUCUGUGGUCCUGUGCGCGUUACUGGCAGCGGGCACCUCCUAUGCCUUGGUGCCAAUGCCUGGUGCCUCGCCUUGGCUGGAUACGUCCAUGUGCGCCCCGACCGACUCUCUCAUGAUGUGCCAGCUGAAGAAGGGCCAGUGCUCGCCCCUCAACACGGUCUUCUCCCCCCCCGGCGGCCCCAUCAAGACCAUCACCGACUGCGCCAACGCCACCGGCCUCGUCCUCGGCCCGCAGUUCUUCAUGAGUGCUGGCCUGGCCUUCAUAACGGGCAGCCCGGAGUCUCUGCCGGACAAGACGACCGCCGACACCGCGACGGCGACCGCCAUCCGCCGCUGCGCCCUCAACGCCUCGGGUCUGCUGAACGCCGACAUGGUGACUGUGAACCGCACCGCCGUCGCCGCCCUCGUCGGCAACGCCUUCAGCCCCCCAGCCCUGGGCGCCGCCGUCGCCUCCGCCGUCGCCACGUGCCCCGAGCCCAUAGACUGCAAGAUGUCUGACUUCAUCACCUGCCUGCGAGCCGCCUGCAUGAGCAGCGUGUCCGGCAGCCCCUUCAUCAAGAUGGCGUCCGCGGCGCUCACCUCGCCGCCCAUCCCGCCCGCCGUCGCCGCGCCCCUCGCCGCCCCGCUCGCCAAGAAGCCCGCGCCCAUCCCUGCGCCCCCGAAGGUCGCCCCGCCCGCCCCGCCCAAGGCCGCCGCGCCCGCCGGUGCUCCUGGCGCCGCCGGAGCGCCCGCGCCCGCCGGCUCGACGGCCUACAGCGCCGGCGGCUUCGCGUACCCCGGGGUCGGGUCCGCGCCGAUCUCGCCCUUCGGGGGCGUCUUCCCCACCUCCGCGUACGCCUCCUCCUUCAUGGCGCUGCCCGCGGCCUUCGAGUACCCCGGCAUGUCCCCGGCCCUCACCGGCGCCGCAUAGAGCGCGCGGGGUCUCGAAUGUGCCAUGUGGUUGCGACUCUGCCAUGUGGCCCGGAGUGCCAUGCGCCCUCGUGCUCGGGCGGCCCGGAACACAGCAUGCCCCCUGACAGGCAGCGAAGGCACUGAGGGUGUCAUGCGCCGCUGGCAAAGUCAUGCAGACCACGCAGCCUCCAUGACGGUCUGUUGCAAGUGCGCGAAAUGAGUUCUAGCUAGUCAUUGUCUUAGAUUAACGUUGACGUUGCAGUUACUGAAGCCAGAAUAAAGACGAAAAGGAAGUUUC